CAUGGCGGCCAACAUGUACCGGGUCGGAGAUUAUGUCUACUUUGAGAAUUCGUCCAGCAACCCAUACCUAAUCAGAAGGAUAGAAGAACUCAACAAGACUGCAAGUGGAAACGUGGAAGCAAAAGUAGUGUGCUUUUAUAGACGACGAGAUAUUUCCAACACGCUUAUAAUGCUUGCGGACAAGCAUGCUAAAGAAGUUGAGGAAGAAUCUGAAACAACAACAGUCGAGACUGACUUGACUGAUAAACAGAAACAUCAAUUGAAACAUAGGGAACUCUUCUUGUCACGCCAGUAUGAAUCUCUGCCUGCAACCCAUAUCAGGGGAAAAUGCAGUGUUGCACUUCUGAAUGAAACAGAAUCAGUAUUGUCAUAUCUUGAUAAAGAGGAUACCUUUUUCUACUCAUUGGUCUAUGACCCCUCAGUGAAAACGCUAUUAGCUGACAAAGGUGAAAUCAGAGUAGGACCCAGAUAUCAAGCAGACAUUCCAGAAAUGCUCAUAGAAGGAGAAUCAGAUGAGAGGGAACAGUCAAAAUUGGAAGUUAAAGUUUGGGAUCCAAAUAGCCCACUUACGGAUCGACAGAUUGACCAGUUUUUAGUUGUAGCACGAGCUGUUGGGACAUUUGCUCGAGCCCUUGAUUGCAGCAGUUCUGUGAGGCAGCCUAGUUUGCAUAUGAGUGCUGCUGCAGCUUCCCGGGACAUUACCUUGUUUCAUGCUAUGGAUACCUUGUAUAGACAUGGCUAUGAUUUGAGCAGUGCAAUUAGUGUCUUAGUACCACUUGGAGGACCUGUGUUAUGCAGAGAUGAAAUGGAAGAAUGGUCAGCCUCUGAAGCUAGCUUAUUUGAAGAGGCACUGGAAAAAUAUGGCAAAGACUUCAAUGACAUACGUCAAGACUUUCUACCUUGGAAGUCAUUGACUAGCAUCAUUGAGUAUUAUUACAUGUGGAAAACUACUGACAGAUAUGUGCAACAGAAACGUCUAAAAGCAGCAGAAGCCGAGAGUAAACUGAAACAAGUAUAUAUUCCGACUUACAGCAAACCAAAUCCCAACCAAAUAUCCACUAGCAAUGGCAAGCCUGGCGCUAUGAAUGGAGCCGUGGGGACCACAUUUCAGCCUCAGAAUCCCCUCUUAGGGAGAGCCUGUGAGAGCUGCUAUGCUACACAGUCUCACCAGUGGUAUUCUUGGGGCCCACCUAAUAUGCAGUGUAGAUUAUGUGCAACUUGUUGGCUCUAUUGGAAAAAAUAUGGAGGCCUGAAAAUGCCCACCCAGUCAGAAGAAGAGAAGUUAUCUCCCAGCCCAACUACAGAGGACCCCCGUGUUAGAAGUCACGUGUCCCGCCAGGCCAUGCAGGGGAUGCCAGUCCGAAACACUGGGAGUCCAAAGUCUGCAGUGAAGACCCGCCAAGCUUUCUUCCUUCAUACUACAUAUUUCACAAAAUUUGCUCGUCAGGUCUGCAAAAAUACUCUCCGGCUGCGGAAGGCAGCAAGACGGCCGUUUGUUGCUAUUAAUUAUGCUGCCAUUAGGGCAGAAUAUGCAGACAGACAUGCUGAACUCUCUGGAAGUCCACUGAAGAGUAAAAGCACUAGGAAACCUUUGGCAUGUAUCAUUGGGUAUUUAGAAAUCCAUCCUGCGAAGAAACCUAAUGUAAUUCGAUCUACACCAAGCCUGCAAACCCCAACUACCAAGCGGAUGCUAUCUACCCCAAAUCACACAUCUCUGAGCAUUCUGGGGAAAAGAAACUACAGUCAUCACAAUGGCCUGGAUGAACUCACGUGCUGUGUGUCAGACUGAGCUAUCCCUGUUUCAUCCUACAAUCCAAGACUUGCUCCACUGUCCUGCU